GGUUACAGAUGAAAUGUGAUGGAUACUUGUUUUCUCUUACCGAGCAGUUGUAUGAGGAGAAAUAGGGUUCCAGUCAACACUCCACACCAUUAGUGAUGUGGCUGACCACAGAAGGAAAACUCAUUUAAUACAGACACGAUAGAGAGUCAGCUGGAUCUAUCAUGUCAGUGAAGCUUCCUAAAGGGCUGAGCAGCAAGAAGAAAAAACCUCCAAGGGACAAUGCCCAGACAGAAGUUCUACAUAAGCUGGGCCUGGAGGCCUUCGGGACUACAACAUUGGACCCUGUGUCUAUGUUGGACAUCAGCACUUGGACUCUGGAGAGCCAAUCUCCUCUAGAGCCCAAAGAUCUGCCAAAAGCUUUCCUCCAACGCCUUUGGCUGCUUAGUCAAGAUGCCCGGAGUCCUUCCUGCAAACCUCCAAGCGAUGUUCUGAACAACAAUUCACCCCAGGAAAUGAUCAAUGGUUUUGGAGAAGAAAGCCACUAUGCCAUCAACCCCCUUGAUCUAGUUACAGCUGUCUUUAUGUCUUCCAACACAUUCCUUCACCAGGAGAUGACUGUGCGCAUGGUGCAAUGCCAGUUUGCUGUGCCCCUGGUCCUACCAAGCAUAGAUCCAGAAGAACCUAGUCGCUUCCUUCUUUGGCCUUUGAGAGGUGUUGUGAGUCCAUGGACAUCUCACUCUCUGGACAAAAACAGGGAGGUCCAAGAGGGGGAUUUGGCAAGUACAUACAUGCCAAUGAUUUCUUGUGUGAAGCUUGGUCACUGUGGUGUCUCUAAGUCACAGGUGCUCAACCACAUUAUAAGUGGACUCAAAUCUUGCAAUGAAACAUUUCUCCACAAGGGAAUAGGUGAAGGACAGGUGCACCGGAAACUCUCCAAUGGCCUAGUAGAGAUUGGAUGGUCUCUACCCACUGGAGUCGCUGCCAGAGAUAAUUUCACGGUCCCUGUGGUCAUUUCAAACCUACGUGGAGAUGCCAGCACACAUGAGAAAUGCUUCAGCCUUCUAUGCCAAGCUUCUUCAGCUGUGGUUGUUUUCUGUGGGAAUCUUAGGGAGAAAGAUAAACAACUUCUUACUUCCUACAAAGAUGUGGCAAACAAGCUCAUACUGAUUGAUGUUUCAGACACUGAGAAAAAUGAGAACAGUGUAGUGGGGUUUGUUGAUCAGAACCUUGAAGAAGACAUGGGGCUACCUGAAGGGUCAGUGCUGCAAGGGAGAGCUUUGAGUGAGGAGGAUCUGGCUAAUAGGUUGUCUGACACCCUGAAAGAUCUGUUACCAGAUAAGUUGAAACUUGUUACACUUGAGGCAGCAGCAAAAUUAGCAGCAGAACUUGGUCUUACUGUGGAUGAAGGGGCAGUCUGUAAAAAGGCAAUGGCCACAGUAGAAAAGGUAUUGAACGGGUUAGACGAGGGAUCUGCUCAAUUUAAGGAGAAACAGCUUCCAUUGCAGGGGCAUUCAUGGAGCAAACUGGCUGAAAUAGAAAAGGAGGAAAGUAAACAGAAAAAAGAAGGAAAUAAAAUCGAUCCCCAACUGCAAGAAGAAAAGAAAAACAUCUUGGUCCAGUUGAGCGACUACAAAAUGACCCCAACAAUGAAGAUUUUCACCGAUGCGCUUUUCACAACAGAUAAAAUGGAGAGAACUUAUUUCUUAAGUUGGAUGAAACUGAGGCUUCAACUGAAGCAAACUGAAAAAUACAACAGUCUACAAGAUCUAUUCACUAAUCUGCAGACAGAAAAGAAAGAUGACAUGCCCGAACAUUCUGAUGAGCUUGAAAAUGGAGCCAAUGACGAACCAGAGGACAGUGAUAGUUUCUGCACAGAUUCUACUUUUGAAGAAGAGGUAACUGAAGAGCAGCCCGUAAAUGCUGAACUGCAAAUUUCUUAUCAACAGUUUGACAUUGAGCCCACGCAUGAUCAAGUCAUAGAGCAGCAGUUAUAUAUGAUGUCAAAUCUGAAAGAGAUUCAAGAGAUAAGUGAAAACAAAGUCAGUUUUGAACAACAAAUUUCAGAUCCGGUCUUUGAGAACCAAAAUGGUCAUUUGGAGUCUGGAGAAAAUGGAACCUGCCAAGUGACACAGCAAGAUGAACCAAAACUGACACCAGCAACAUCAGAUUUGACUUCUUCUUCUGAACAACAAAUAUGCCCAGAUGUUUCCGUUGAACCUCAGGUAGACAAAUGUUCAGAGCUUUUUGAACCUGAUCCAUCCUUGCUGGGGCUCGAGCACUUUCUGCGUGAGAUGGGCCUAAUUUUUGAGCUAUCCCACAUCAGCCCCAGCAGCGGGAGUCAUAAUGUGUUGCGUCUUCCCAGUUUAGCUGCAGACAUGCUUCUCUAUGGGAUUCCACUUGAACUAAUGGAUGGAGAUGCCUCAAACAUUCCCAUCUGCUGGCUGGGCUGUGUCUUUGCAGACCUCAAACGCCGCCUACCUCAAGAACAAUGCAGGACCCGAGUGCUGACAAACCUUGGAGUACAUCAUGCAAGGAAUGCUGAGGUUCUUUCGGCAUUAUUUGGGGUAAAAUUCCCUGAAGGAAGGAAAAGGUCCACCAGAGGGGUGUACAUGGUUGCCCUCUGCCUCCCUGAUACCCUUAGAAAGGACAUGGAAUGUGAUUUUCUGUUGUUAAUUGAUGUAGAAGGUCUCUGCUCUCAAGGCAACAAAAUAAAUACCCAGAUUCAUGACAAUGAGAUGGCCACUGUUGCAACAGGAUUGAGUGAUGUUUUAAUACAAAACAUCUCUUCACAUGCAGGUUCUGAGUUUGAAACAGACUUCACUGUCAUAGUCAAUGCUGUCCUACGCAUCAAAGAAUGUGGCUCCAUGCCCAACUGCCAACUCCUGGUCCACAAUGAAGAAAUAAAUGGCUUACUACAAGCCUCACAGUUAAGGCGUGUUUCGGAGAUGCUUCAGACUGAGACUGGGGACAGAGGAAAUAACAAUGCUGAUAAGCAAUAUACAAAGAUCACAAGCUGUAUCACCUUUGUCAAAGGGCCUUGGUCCAAUAGAUCCCUCUCUGAACCUGUUGAUACACAGUAUGGUAAGGCUGUGUUACAGCUUAAGAAAAACCUGUUUGGGGCAUUGAGGAAAUGUGCAGCUAAGUCUGAAGCCAUAGGGCAGCCAGAAGUUAUAGUCCGUUUGUGUACUGUUUGGGAUGCAGUGAAAGCAGAAUCAUUCUCAAUUGGUCUGCAAAAUACUGACAUAGCUAUAGCAUUCUCUAUAUUGUGCACAGAGAUUUCCAAGUGGGAGGAUACAUUCCUGGAGCACAUGGACAGCUGGCUUACUGGAGCAACACAGAAAAUCGUCACCACUAACACAAAGGCUUUAGAUGCUGCAAAACAAAAUGACCUUCUUAGUGAGUUAAAGGAUGAAGCCAGAGAGGAGGUCAAAACAGAGGUGGACAAAAUCAGGUCAAAAGUAGAGGCCUAUUUGAUUAAAGAUGACCUUUUCAACGUGAGCACUGACACAUUCAAGCCAAUCCUAAUGAGCAAUAUGAGUGACCUCCAGGAACGAGCAACUGAAGAGAUAAUACAAAGGUUGGAGACAAUCAAAGAGAGCCAUUGUUCUACAACACAGCAGAAAAAAUUUGAGAUCUUACUGGAAGAGGAACAAGAGUCCAGGUUGCAUGCACUUGUAGAGAAGAGCAAGUCAGACAAAGUUCUCCUUCAAGAUGCAGAGCUAGAAGAGGAAUUUGAGAGUGUGUGGAGUAAGAUGUUGUCGAACUUUGACUUCAGGCCCUCAGAGGCAGACGAUAUAACUGUAAGAGUGACAGAUAUUCUGAGACAGAAUCUAAUCAAGCGCGGCCUCCAGAAACACAUUAACAAAAUUGAAGAAAUCGGCAAAAACCAGACAUCUAGCUUUCAAGUUUAUGAUGAGCACUUUGGAUACCGCAGCAGAUUAAAGCACAUGUUUGAGGACAACAACAGACUACAGAGGUUAGAAGCUCAACAGCUGGCAAGCGGCGUGAUAGAGGAAUACAAUCAGUUUGUAGCAGAUAAAUCUAGCUUAGCAGCAGAUUUCUCUGACAGCUACAUUACUGAACUGUUAGAAAAUGUUGAGAAAGCUUUGAAGGAAAAAUCUAUGGAAAUCAGAUCAGCUUUUGAAGUGGAUCUGAAAGUGUAUCUAUGUAGCUCUGCAUGCCAACACUUCCAAAAACUACAUGACCGCUAUGCCAAGGACACAGAGCUUUUGACAUGUAUCACUGCAACCAAGAGUACGUACUUGGCAGAGUUUAUCUACCAGUUCAGGAAGAGAGACCAAUGCCAAAGGGUGGCACAAGCAUUCAGCUCCAUGGUCAUCAAACCUACAGUGUUUGACUAUAUCUAUAGACCAUUGGGGGUGCAUAUCAUAGAAGAGAUCCAGGCUAAAGAACAGCUGUAUCAGUCCCCACGUGUUUUUAACCAAAGCUUGCUGGAAGAACUGAUAAAGGAAGACCGCUUUGAAAGCUUCCUGGAAUACUUGGUUUCCUAUGAUAGCUUCAGACUGAGGAAGAUCCAGGAGACAGUGGUGGCUCAUCUCUCUGAAUCAACCAACAUGGAUAAAUUGAGGCAACAUAGACUUGGAGAAAUUGUGGGAAAGAUUGCAGCAGCAGUGAGUCAAACGGCAGAAGGUACCAGUGGAGUGCUGAGUGAUACAAAGCCACUGCUGGAGAGAGUGUGCCUCAUUUUAGAGCGAGAUGGAGAUAUUGAUGUCGCCAGGGCCUGUCUGGAUGGACCUCUCUUCAGUAUCACCACAGAAUGGGAUCGUUUUGUUACAUGUUUAAUGGAGUUACUGGCUGAAAUGCGGUUGGACUUUGCCCAGGAGUUCUCCCAAAAUGUGGAUAUUACUCAACUUCUUAACUGCCUUCCAGUUCAGCCCCAACACAUCCUCUUGAACAGAAUAAGACGCUGUGACAAGAAAUGUCCUCUCUGCGGAGCCCCCUGUGAGGUGGAGGAAAUAGGGCAUGAGGUUCACAGGGCUCUGCUCCACAGGCCCAUAGGCAUGCUGCCUUAUGACUUGUCUUCUGUGUCCUUUAUCAGCUGCCCUGAAAGUAUGAUCCAGGUUAACACAGCUCAGAAUAAGGACACACAGAAUACAUCUGUGGCUUGCAAUGACCUCCAUUCCCUCUAUCCAGCCUGGAACAUCUCCCCUGAGGACCCAAACAGCCAGACAACCAGUGCUUACUGGAGGUAUGUGUUGGUGAGGUUCAAUGAGAAGUUUGCAAAGGAAUAUGAUAAGACGCCAGCCAUGAUUCCUGAGGAGUGGAAGAACAUCACUGAGGAAGAGGCUUUAGGCAGUCUGAAGGAAGCCCUUCUCACUAAACAGUGCUGAUAUAAGGACUGCCCUGUGCUGUGUGCUCUCUUUAUCAUAACACACGUGACAUUUUAUUGAUCAAGUUCCGAUUUGAUCUUGGUUUAGAGGUCAUACAAUUACCAAUGAUUGUUGAUAAUGGUGAUGAUGGACAGAAGAUUAAUCAUAUGAACCAUUCUUUCGAAAACACUGAUGAUGACAACUGACUUUUAUUAUUUGCCUUUUUCCUUUCACCAUUCCCCUAAAAAAAGUGUCCUUUCUGUAAAAAAAUGCUUUUUGAAUAUAUUGUAAAUGUUGAUGCUGUAUUAUCUCACUCCCCUGCUUUCUGAUCUGAUCAACAAUAUAAAAAAACUCGACAUUGAAAUAGAAAUUGUUAACCUUAAAAUACUUCAAGUAACUUGUCUCCAACAGUAAUUUACAGUAUGUCAACUCCAUUUGUUCUGGGUACUAGAAU